AUGUCUGAUGCCCAACGACGAAUCAUGGACAUCGAGGUCGAGAUGGCAAGGACACAGAAGAACAAAGCAACUAUGAGUCACCUGUGUGCAUUGAAGGCAAGAUUAGCAGCUUUGAAGCGUCAAGUUAUAGAGCAGCAAAAUAAGAAAUCAGGAGGGCCAGGAGAAGGCUUCGAAGUUCGUGCUACAGGAGACGCUCGAGUGGGAUUCAUCGGGUUCCCAUCAGUGGGGAAAUCAACUUUACUCACAGCUCUGACGGGUGUUUACUCUGAAGCUGCGGACUAUGAGUUUACCACCCUCACAUGCGUUCCCGGAGUGAUGACGCAUGAUGGUGCUCGCAUCCAAAUCCUUGAUCUGCCAGGAAUUAUUGAAGGCGCGAAGGAUGGAAAAGGACGAGGACGUCAGGUCAUUGGGUGUGCUCGAACAUGCGAUUUGAUCCUGCUUGUGUUGGACGCCACGAAGCCUGUAACGCACAAGAUCUUAAUCGAGAAAGAGCUCCAUGGGUUCGGGAUCAGGUUGAAUCAGAAACCACCAGAAAUUUAUUUCAAGAAAAGAGAUCGCGGAGGAUUGAACUUUCAGGCUCUUGUGAAGCAAUCUGUGCUGAACAAAGAUCUUGUUGCGACCAUUCUUCGCGAGUAUAAGAUUACUCAUGCUGAGAUCAUACUUCGUCAAGAUUGUACAGAAGAUCAGCUUAUAGAUGUUAUCGAGGGAAACCGUGUUUAUAUCCCUUGCCUUCAUGUUUUCAACAAGAUCGACAAAGUCAGUCGUCAGGAAAUGGAGAUAUUUGCUUCGAAGCUUCCACAUUUUCUCCCUAUUUCUGGAGCUCUCGGAUGGAAUAUCGAUGUCUUAAAAAACAAGAUAUGGGAAUACAUGCACUUGACUCGCAUUUAUACGAAACCUAAGGGAGACAUGCCGGACUUCACACAGCCAGUGAUUCUAAGAAACUAUAAGACUUCAGUGAAAGACUUUUGUCGACGAAUCCACAAACGCCUCAUGGAUGAAUUCAAACACGCUCUUGUAUGGGGUUCAAGUGCUAAGCAUUUUCCCCAGAUAGUAGGAAGUGGGCAUAUGCUGGAAGAUGAAGAUGUCAUACAAGUUGUUAAAAGAAUUUAA